AUGCGCGUCUCCACCCUCCGCAACGCGGCCCUCGGCCUGGCCCUGUCCGCGGUCCCCGCCGCCGCGGUGCUCAACGCCACCGAGACCUCGAACCGCCUGAUCAUCGCCAACGACCGCCUCUACGCCGCCAUCGCCAAGCCCGGCGGCUCCGUCGUCGAGCUCACCCUCGACGGCGUCAACCUCCUCGGCACCGCCUCCGGCAGCACCGGCAAGGGCCCGUACCUCGACUGCUACUGCACACCCGAGGGCUUCUGGACCCCCGGCAGCGUCACCCCGACCUUCGAGCUCUACAACGGCACCGACUCCUCGGGCGUCCCCUACGGCGGCGUCAAGAUGUCCGACACGUACGCCUCGACGGGACAGGUGCUGGAGCAGUACUGGUUCCUCCGCGAGGGCGAGACCGGCCUGCACAUGUUCAGCCGCGUCGCCUACCACAACGAGGAGGCGCCCUUCCUCCGCAACUUGCAAGAGCUGCGGACGCUGUUCCGUCCCAACGACCCCAUGUGGACGCAUCUCCUCACCAACCCGACGCAGUACGCGCCCCUCCCGUCCAAGGAGGCCGUCGCGAACCAGGUGGUAGUGCAAGACGCCACUUGGUACCUCGGCAACACCCCCAACGACCCGUACGUCCAGCAGGAGGCGGACUGGUUCACCAAGUACACCUUCCAGGACACCUGGCGCGACAUUGACGCCUACGGCAUGUUCGCCGACGGUUCCAAGACGGCGGACAACUCGACCUUUGGCGCGUGGAUGGUCUUCAACACGCGCGACACCUACUUCGGCGGCCCGCUCCACUCGGAUCUGACCGUCGACGGCAUCGUGUACAACUACAUCUCGUCCAACCACCACGGCGACCAGACCCCCAACAUCACCAACGGCUUCGACCGCACUUUCGGUCCCCAGUACUACCACUUCAACCGCGCCCCGGCCGGCACCGAUAUCCUGGAGCUGCACGCCGACGCCGCGAAGCUGGCCGAUCCCGAGUGGAACGCUGCCUUCUACGAUGAUAUUGCUCACCUGGUGCCCAACUACGUGCCGUCGAGCGAGCGCACGACGUGGAAGCUCCACGUCGACCUCCCGCAGGGCGCCAAGAAGCCCAUCGCCGUGCUGGCGCAGAACGGAGUCGAUUUCCAGGACAACGUCUUCGACACCAAGGCGUACCAGUACUGGACCGACAUCGACGCCGAGGGCUACGCGACCAUCCCCCGCGUCAAGGAGGGCACCUACCGGUUGACCAUCUACGCGGACGGCAUCUUCGGACAGUACAUCAAGGAGGACGUGCAAGUCGUCGCCGGCAAGGUGCAGACGACGCAUGCGCGCUGGCGCGAGGAGACGGCCGGCACGGAGGUGUUCCGCGUCGGCACGCCGGACAAGAGCUCGGGCGAAUACCGCCACGGGUACGUCCGCGACGAGACGAAGCCGCUGAAGCCGGAGGAGUACCGCAUCUACUGGGCGCGGUACGACUUCCCCAACGAGUUCCCCGACGGCGUGCGCUUCAAGGUCGGCGAGGACGAUAUCGCCCAGGACCUCAACUACGUCCACUGGUCCGUCUUCGGAGGCAAGGGCAACUCGAUCCGCCCCGAGAUGUACAUCGGCGACGGCAACGUCAACAACUGGACGCUGGUGUUUGAUCUGGAGCAGGCACAGGUGGACUGGAAGCGGUACGCGACCUUUACCGUGCAGCUCGCGGGCGCGAAGACGGCGGCGGGAAAUACAGACGUCUUCAACGCCAGCGAGCCUCACUCCAACCUGAAGUACACGGUCAACGUCAACGGCAAGGAUCUGGAGCCGUGGGUGAUUCCCUACCACCACAGCAGCUCGUGCGCCGUGCGAUCGGCCGUCAUCUGCUACAACAUUGCCAAUAAGUUUGUGUUCGACUCGAAGCUGCUCAAGGCCGGCGAGAACGAGAUCGUCCUGAGCCUGCCGUACGGAGCCAAGAACUACGAGAGCGCGGUCUUGACGGAGGCCAUAUACGUGCAGUAUGACGCGUUGCGGUUGGAGAUCAUGUAG